AUGGAUACGGAUAUUUACAUGCUUCGGGCAUUCUACUGUGGCUUUUGCAGUACUCGACAUCAACCUCUUGACCAAGCAGAUGUCCCACAUUACCUAGCUCGGAGGGUCCAAAUGAAACCACGAGUGGAAUGCACAAUCCAUGGGGAUAUUUGUGGAUUUGUGGUGACAACAGCAAAAGCAAGAGCCUUCCCAGCUUCUGUUAUCAAUGGAUACAUUGCCCUGAACAAUACGACACACACAGUGGCAGUGAGACAUUGCGAAACAGAUCACUUUCUUGCAGGAUAUCGAUUUUUCUCCUUCAAUAACACUCAGGAUCAAGACUACUUUAUUCAAUAUCUUGACACACUUCUUGACAGUCAUGUAAGUAUGUUUAAGAGGAAUAGUUCGCACCACAGGGAAUUUCCAAUGCAUGGAGUUCUCGGCAGACAGAAUUCAAUAAAAUCCUCACAGAGCUUAGGCCCACCUGUACCGCCGAAAACAAGGAAUGUAAUACGAGUGAGCAAUUCUAACAGACUUUAUAAUAACAAUAAUCGAAUUAAUAGUGGGGGAAGCGUACCUAAUCUCUCUAAUCAGACGGAUAAAGUGGAUCCCCAUGCCAUAGAUAAGUUACGACGAAUUGCACACAUGAGAGAUCUCUAUAGAAAUGAAUAUAUGUAA